AACGCUAAACUAUUCUUACAACGAAAGGUGACGUGCGGGUAUCGUCUAUAUAGGAAUCUACAUUAUGCAAGGAAAGGGGUACCAUGAGCAAAUCUUUUUAUUUGACAAGAUUAUGCGAGAUGAGACCCGUCCUCUUUCUCCCCCGAUUCUUUUAUACUUAAACUGACUUUUUAAAAAAAGUUUUGCAAGUCACUGAUCAUCUUGUGAGUGUAGGUAUUGGAUCAACGACGAGGAACACUCUUUCGUCACAGCAUCCGGAUAUUCUAUUUUAUCAUUUCAUAUCAGCUCAUUGAUAACGCAACAUCCUACAUCAGUUAUUUUUGUACUUUCAAAGGGUAAUUAUGAUGUAACCGGAUAUAUUGGAAUAAAAACACAAAGGCGGGUGAAAAAAAAUGAACCACUCUUUGGAGUUUGGGCAGCUUGCCGACCUAUUUCCCAUUUGUAUUAUGAAGCCAAAGAGUCACACUCUUUUAAACUCGUCUAAGGAAUAUGAUGUGGAACUCAGUUCUGGAAAUUAAUGUUCUUUCCUUUGUGCGCAACAUCUUGGAAGAGAGGCCGUCAUCCAAAAUGAUAUCAGCAUAAACUUGUUGUUUUCCCCGGUUUUCCUUGUUGGCUAAGAAAACUUAUGAAUUAUCUGCACAAGAGGCAAGCAUCUAUUAGUGGUUCACAUCAUUACGUCAUUAACUACCUCACUCGGAAACGCUAUUUUCUAUCGGGCCUCUUCUUAAUUAGUGUUAACGAAUGAGAACAUACAAGUUUAGACUUUUCUUUACCGUAAACAUGGUAAAAAUCACCACCCGUCUCUGUUACGUCUGAUAUGCAAACAGAUUCUGGCUGAGGACUGGACAAAAUAUAGGCAUUGUGACGACAAACAACAAGCAAUUUGCGAUUGCUUUUUCUGUCACUCUCCCUCAAAAGAACAUAACAAUGUCCAUAUCAUUGAGAUGUCAUAGUUUGUGAAUAACGUUUUCUGAAGAGGAAUUGGCUACCAUUUUGUCGUCAUCUCCCAGCCACAAACCAAUGAAGGUUCUUUUAUGGAUAUUAAGUCGGAUUAUCUCUUUACGCUUGAUCAGGAGUGGAAGCAGUAUCCCUUUAAAUUGGACACUUAACUCCUGACUCAGAGUUAAGGAGACAAUAAGAACGAUACGCUACCAGAUAGGAAAUGUUGGUUAAGCUCUUUAACGAACAACGACGAUUUAAUACUUGGAAUAUAUCAUACAAACAGCGUAACAGUUAUUCGACUGGCAUAAUACGACAAACUUGCAAUUUAAAUUUAAAACGUUGCAACUAGAACAAAGAUCUUGAUGGAAAUUUGUGUGUCAUCGUUGUGACGUACGUCCUAAAGGCUGGGGCUGUUUUUUGUUGUUUUAAAACGAAGGCCUUGUUUUUUGUGGAGAUAUGGAUCGAGCCAAUAUCAUACACUCCUUCCUGCUGAUGGCAUCUACCAUUUUGAUGGUGACACCGGUCCUUGUUACGUCACAAUUGAAUUCUACUUUGUUCGUCGGUAAAGGCUGCUUCUACGACAACUUCGAAUACGAUGUUCUUCCAGAUCUCAUCCAGUGCGAGGGCGCCCUUCACCAAUCUUGCAUUAACACCUGCACUCCCAAACAGCCGUACUGCCAAUCAGAUGACAUGACACCUGAGCUCUGUUUUCAAAUAUGCACCAACCAGAAUGCACGUUACUUUGGGCUCCAGGAUGGCAGCCAGUGCCUAUGCGGAGGAGCUUUCGCGCCAUAUGAUUCGAAAGGCCCGCCACCGGCCGACUCGGCCUGCAGCAAGAACUGUACCGGUGACCAGACACAGAUGUGCGGGGAAAGCUUUCAGGUGUCCGUCUAUGAAAUAAAAGAUCCUGCAUCGGAUUGCUUCCAUCCGGGUUACCUCAAUGUCGGUGAAGACAUCUACCCACCGGUCAACCAAGGAGACUUCAUCAUCAACGACACCCUUGACUACAGCACCAUCUGUGUAUCACCUAGUACUUUAACGGGUACAUCCACUAUCACCUGCACAGAAAACAACUGGUCCGGUGCACUGCCGGUCUGUACAAUCCGCUGCUCCCCACCCGAUCCGUUGCCGUACGUGGUCUUUGAGUCUGUGGCGAACAGGAGCUUUAACAUCGGCGAAACGGUGUCGUACACGUGUUUGGGUAAUGCAACAAAUAUAUAUAACACCGAGUGUGACAGCACAGGGUUGUGGUUACCCACGGACUGCCCAGUGGUGUGUGCAAAGACGAACUUGCCUCCUGGGGGCGCCCUAGCAACUACCUCACAUUUAGACUACUUUGCCAUGGGGGCGCUCGUAGAUUUCGUGUGUGAUGGAGUGUCUUUAAUUUUUACGUUCCGGUGUGGAAGUUUUGGAAACUGGAAUACAUCAGCUUUUACUUGCCCAGAUGUCAUGACAACAGUGGCGUCUCCUCCGACCACACCUAGCAACGACCGAACAACGUCAUCAGCGUUCGUCAAUGAUAUGACAAGUCUUGAACCAACUGGAUCCACGACAGGAGUUGGCCCAACGAGUGAGUCGAACCAAGGUUGGGUGAUCGCCGUAGCCGUGGUCGUGCCUCUCAUCAUCAUCCUCAUCGUCAUCAUGGCCUUUUGUUGUUACAGGAAACGGAAAGAGGAGCAAAACAAACACGUCCCUCAAGUUGUGCUGGGGUACAUCAAGAAAAAAGGAACACUCGGUGGUACUCUCAGACGUAAUCGUGACCCGGAAAAGGAUCUCACAGAUAACCCGGAAGGGGAAGCAGACAACAUUAAAAAAGGUGGCACACUGACACACUCACUGAGUAGCAUGAAGCAGCAAUUCGUCAAGCGUGUCACACUGAACCGAAACAGGCCCGAACUGCCACCGAAAAAGAAUCCGAAGAAAUCGAGCUCCCGAUCGGUUACGAGUCAUGCCGAAGUUGGAUACGUUAGUCCGAAGGGCGCCCGAACGGAUAGCGAGGUCGAAAUUAUGCAGCCGAACCCACCACCGGUGAAAAGAUUCUCGACCGUUUCAAUCGUAUCGUCUGUCGACAACGGCCUCGAUGAGGUCUUCAAGAGUGAAUUAAGAACAAGUAGAAGCAGUGAGAUGCUAGACGCGCUCAUGGUGGAAUUCGAUGGUCGGGUCAACCACGGGUUCGAUAAUGAAGAAUCUUCGGCAAGGUCGUCACCUUCCUUGCCGUCGAAGAACUCGCCCACAACAGAGCAUGUAGUCGUUCACAUUGCGCGUCCAUCGUCCCCGAAACCUGAAACGCCAAAGGUGAAUGGCUUUGAUCAUGAUUCAGAGCAGAAUGGAGAAGUUGAAACCGUAGAGACGGGUGCCAAUCUUCAAAAUGGUGAGGACAAUUUAAAUCCAGAUCCAGAGUUUCUUAAGUCUGAUGAUGAGAGUGAUUCACACGUGAAAGGCGAACCUGAAGCAGCAGUUGUCAACGGUGGUUACCUGGAUGAGUCGCCUUACGACAGUUUAGGUGAACCCAAACCAGCACCGCCUGAAAUUUUAAAAGCGAACGGUAUUGGAGGUGAAGGGGGUUCACCUCAUGAAAGUGCUAAGGAACGGAAUCGACCAUCCCCGUUAACAUUAACAACCAACGGCGGGUCCGACCAUGAGGGAGAGUCUGGUCCUGAGUCGCCGAAGUAUGCAUCACUGGCUGACAUGAAAUCACCAAAUGGCGGGAUAGGUGUUAUUGGUAGCCCUUCUGCGACACCAACUAAACACGAUUAUGUCAAUGUUGGACGCGGGAAUUCAGUCUCUGCUAUGACGCGCAUCUCGGCGGAAUUCCAUCAUCCGCGUCCCCCAUCUCUUCCGCCAGAUUCCCCUUGAGUGGUGACGAAUAAUCCACAGGCGUUGUCAUAACUGCUGCUGCUGUUGUCUCCCUGGCAAUAUUAUGAACUUUCCGGUUCAAAAAUUAAAUGGUGCUUCGUCAGGAAACUGAAAACUUUAUUUUCCUUACUCAACUAAGCAAGUACGCAAGGUUCCCGGACGGUGCAUGAAGAGUUGUGUUUAAACGCAACCAAUUUAAAUGCAAGUCGAAAAUGCGUGCUUCUAUUUGGUUGAAAAUCAAGUCACGUGUGUAUUUGGAGUUGUGUUUAAUUCCAUCUUUUUCUGCAUAUGGACCCCAGAACGUCUAAAUUGAAAUAAUGUUUAAACAAUGGUAUAAGCAAAUGGGACGACGCUUAGAUUCACAGUCGCAGAAAGGUACGAAUUUGAAAGUCGAAUAUAAAGGAGGCGAAGAAGAAUGAGAAUGAGAAAACGAAGAAAAAGAAGAAGAAGAGGAGGAAGAAUAAAAAGAUAAUGACGAUGAUGAUGGUGAUGAUGAUGAUGAUGAUGAUGAUUAAAAAGUAGAAGGUGAUGAUAAAAAUGACGAACAUGACGAAGAAAAAUCACAUGGAGGAGGGGGGGGGGGUUGGUAAAGAGACGUCAUGUUUUUCAUAGAAAAGAAGAGGGGGAACAAAUGCAAGAGUUAAAACAUUGUCCUGUGGUGAAUUAGAACCACAUAUUAUGGGUGACAAGAUUUAAACGAUACAGACUAAUAAAAAAAAUAUGGACUAAGUGAGUAUCUUUUGCGUUGAUUUGUGACUUAGUUUUGUCAUGUUCGUACUGCUGCAAUGAUUGUGUGUUUUGUAGUUUAAAUGAUUUUCGUUGUUUCGGCCAGGUAAUUUCCCAUGCAUCUAAUUCCCUGUCCUGCUCCUCCCGCCCCUUUUCUCUCCACACCCUCUUCCGCUGCUUUCUCCCCCCUCUUUAUCUCAUACGGCACCUGUCCCACCAAGUAAUCACCGACUCCAUUUUUAAUGAAGAAAGUGAUUUCAUUUUUUUGUGUGCCCACGUUUUUCUUCCUUUUAAUGAACAUUUUAUGACAUGUUAAAACUUAAGUUUUUAUUAUUUUACAUUAUUCUAUGAGGAAAUCGAUCAUUCUGACUGAUGAAUCUUCGAACAUACUUUGGAGAAAUACAGAUCUUUAGCAUUUAUAGAAUCAUGUACUCAUUAUUUAUAUCAGCGAUUGUUUGGUAUUAUGUAUUUUAAUCAGGGUUAUAAUGUUCGAUAUUUAUUCGCAUUUUACUUAAUUUCUUGCAUAAUCAUAAGCGAAAUUAUUGCCAAAUAUUGUUCGACUCAGUUACAUGUAUUCGUAGAACAAUAAAACUAGCUUUAUCAUUAUGUUCAUAUCAUAGU